GGGCUUAUGUUCUUCAUUCUUUUCAUUUUCAAUUUUCAUAUCACUUGAAAUUGUAAAAGCAAAUAAGAUAACUUUAUCAUAAUCAGAAACAGAUAUUAAUUCUAUAUUGUAACUUUUAGUUUGCGGGUUGACAACAUACAAGAAACGAAAAUGCCUAAUUGGAAUCUUAUAGGAUCUCUAAUAUUUCCUAAUGUUGGAGGAUGGGUAGGUGCCGCGACUACUAUGGUAGGUCAGGUGUCGAACCAGAAGAAUAAUUCCUGGUACGAAACUAUUAAGAAACCAACUUGGACUCCACCGAACUGGGUUUUCGGACCAGCUUGGACGGCUUUAUAUACAGGAAUGGGUUACGCAUCUUAUAUGGUUUAUGAAGAUUGCGGCGGUUUUAACGAAAAAGCUGUACUUCCACUAGCAUUGUAUGGAGGUCAAUUAGUCUUGAAUUGGAUGUGGACCCCAAUAUUCUUCAGAAUGCAUAAAAUUGGCUGGGCAUUCAUUCACAUUUUGACUCUGGAUAUAGCAGCGGCUGCAUGUGCUGUCAGUUUCUUUAAAGUAAACUCUAAUACUGCAUACUUCAUGACUCCAUAUCUUUGCUGGUUAGCAUUCGCUACAUGUCUGAACCAUUCCAUCUGGGAGCUUAAUAAAGAUGACCCAAAAACGGAGUAAUGGUUGGUUAUUUGAAAGAAUUUCUUGCUUAAAAAGUUAAAAACUAAAGAAAAUAUAGUACACCUAAAUUUCAGAUGCAUUUCUACUUAAAAGUUGUAUAGUAUAGCACAAUAUAGCAUUCUAAUGUUUCCAUCAUAAAUACUAGUAAAUUCAGAUAGAUUUUAAAUGCAUUUUAAUGAGACUAUAGUCUUACAUUUUGUUGUAUUUUUUAAGUAUUAAGUUUUAAAAGAUUUAAA